AUGUUUUCUGACUUACAACAAGAAAAUCAGCAUCUUAGCUUUGAGUGGGGUGUCCAUAGUGUCUAUCACAUCAGAAGACUUGCAAAACACGAGCAAUCUUCUCCUUCUCCUUCUCCUUCAUCCUCUCCUUAUGUGAAAUCCAUAAGAGAAACAUUUACAAUAUGGAUGAAAUCUUUAGUUUUCCAUGGAAAUGGUUGUACUGUCUUUAAUUCCAAAGGUGAUAUUGUAUUUAGAGUUGAUAAUUACCAAGAAAGUUGUAGAAAUGAAGUUUGUCUCAUGGAUCUCAAUGGCCAAGUUCUCUUCUCCAUUAAAAGAGAGAAACUACGAAUGUUUGGUCGUUGGAAUGGGUAUGCAUGUGGUGGAAAUAAAGGGAGGCCACUGUUUCAAGUAAGGAGGAAUAUCAUGUUUUCAAGAGAAGAUGUCAUGUGUAAUGUUGGGUGUAAUAAAAAUGUAGGAAAUAGCUGCUACAAGAUUCAACAAUUUGACAAAAAAUCAUCAUUUAAAAUUACAAAUAAUGCUGGCCAAGUUGCAGAGGUAAAACAGAAGCGAUCGUCAAGAGGAUUUGCCUAUGGUGAUGAUGUGUUAACUCUUGAAGUUGAACCAAAUAUAGAUCACUUGUUAAUUGUGGCUCUUGUGACAGUAUGAGGUUUGAUUCAUGGAAAAUUAUGAGUGUUAUGCUAAUAAUGCGAUAUCACACUAGUCAUACUAAUCUUCUCCGUAUCGUUUCAUUUUAUAUGAUAUCCGAAAAAAUCCUAUAGAGUUUCAAAAUUCA